UGUCAGGAGGAGGCCACAGGCUCGUGGUCCCUGGCUGGUCGACGCAGCCUCCUCCCGGUUCCAGAGAAUCGCAGUCACGUUCAGUCAGCGCCCGACUCCCGGUCUGUAGAGGUGCUGCUGCGUGUUUCUCUUCUUCUUCGCGUCGUGUUGUUAAUCUAGCCGAGAGGACAUUCCGGUGUUCCCUUCAACCGGAGAGCAUCCUCAUCGGGAUGACUGUCAUCAGGAGCACGUGGUCGUUGGUGAUUUUCCUGUGCGUAACGUCGUUAUACGUCGGCGACACUUUUGCCAAAUACCAUCAUAUAAAAUUAAGGCACGGAAGGCAUCGUCGGCAGCACGGUGAGAGCUAUCUACCGAGCAGCUUCGUUCUUGAAACGGACGAGCUAGAAAGAGGAAAUUGGGGACCAUGGUCGAUGCCCAGCUCCUGUUCGCGAUCCUGCGGCGGUGGCGUCGCUCAUCAGACCAGGCAGUGUCUCGACGUAGACGAGAACGGAUAUCAGAGAUGCACGGGUUCCUCGAGGAGAUUCUUUUCUUGUAAUGUUCAGGCGUGUCCAGGCGAGCCGAAAGAUUUCCGAGCGGAGCAAUGCGCGGAAUUCAACAAUGUUCCCUUCGAAGGAGUGAUUCACGACUGGAUCCCGUACACGGGCAGUCCGCACAAGUGCGAAUUAAAUUGUAUGCCACGAGGAGAAAGAUUUUUCUAUAGAUACAAAGUAUCCGUAACCGACGGAACGCCAUGCGAGAUCGAGAAAAACGAUGUUUGCGUCGAAGGCAAGUGUAUGCCGGUCGGAUGCGACAUGAUGUUAGGCAGCGAUGCCAAAGAGGACGCUUGCAGAGAAUGCGGAGGCAACGGUACCGACUGUAACACAAUUCAAGGCUUAUUCGACAAUGACGACUUACAAGUUGGUUACAUCGAUAUUUUAUUAAUACCAGAGGGUGCUACUAAUAUCGUAAUAAGAGAGCUGGAACCUUCGAACAAUUACUUGGCCAUACGAAAUACAUCCGGUCAUUAUUACCUGAAUGGCAACUGGAGAAUCGAUUUUCCACGUAGUCUGAGAUUCAUCGGUACGAUCUUCCAUUAUUCAAGAGAGCCACAAGGUUUUUCUGCUCCGGACAUUAUCACGGCACUCGGGCCAACCACCGAACCGAUUUACGUUGUCUUGCUCUAUCAAGAUCAUAACGUUGGUGUUCAUUACGAAUACAGUAUACCCAAGAAACUCUCGACGCAUACGGACGCCGAUAGUUACACAUGGAUCACCGAAGAAUUUUCGAGCUGUAGCACUAGUUGCGGGGGAGGUUAUCAGUCCAGAAGAGUAGCGUGCGUUCGAAGACGAGACAACCAACCGGUAGACGACAAUCUUUGCGAUCCACAGCUCGAGCCAGAGGAUACGCAAACCUGUAGCGAGGAACCCUGUCCAGCGGAAUGGGUGGAGGGUGAAUGGGGAGAGUGCAGCAAGCAUUGCGGCAAUGGCGGCUUACAAACCAGGGAGAUCAAGUGCGAACAGGUUGUAGCCGGUGGAAUACGUUCGAUCGUCGACGAUUCCCAAUGCGUAGAAAAGCUCGGACCGAAGGGCCCAACCACACAGGAAUGCAACGAACACGUUGACUGUCCACAAUGGCAUCUCGGACCGUGGAAACCGUGCGACCAUCUCUGUGGAGGGGGCAAACAGACGAGAAAGAUAACGUGUUACGUCAAGAAGGACGGUAAGAUCGAAGUGAUGGAUGAAAGCGCAUGCGAGGGUGAAGUUCCCGAACGGGAGAAACAUUGCGAAUUGAGACCUUGCGAGGGCCUCGACUGGGUCGUUUCCGAAUGGAGCGGGUGCAACGAUAAAUGUGACCUCACUCAAGAGACGAGAACGGCUCAUUGCGCCACUCAAGACGGCACCGUGCAUCCGGACGACAAGUGCGAUCUCGAUAAGAAACCAGAACUUAUCAGGGAGUGCGAAGAUAUCCAAAAUUGCGAGUACCGUUGGUACGCAUCGCAAUGGAGCGAGUGUUCGGCCAAAUGUGGUACGGGCUUACAAACUCGAAAAGUAUUUUGCGCUACUUUCGUGGACGACGCUUUGAAGAAAGUACCAGAGUCUAAAUGCGAGCCUGAUAAGAAAUACGAGAGCACGCAGAACUGUACAAUAGAGCACGAGGAGUGUAAGGGCGAAUGGUUCGCCGGUCCUUGGAGCAAGUGUACGAAACCGUGCGGAGGCGGUGAUAUGUCUCGUAAAGUGAUUUGCAUGAAGGACAACGCGACGGCUUCGCUUGAUAAUUGUGAUAUCAGUACGAUAAUGUUCGCGAAAGAGAGUUGCAAUGAGCAUCCUUGUGGCGAAGACGAAGUUAUACCAGUUGAACCAAACAAAAGCAAAGCCCUGAUGGAGCAGGAGGACGAGGAAUGUGACGAAUACGAGGACGAAGACUUCGUUACAGUCGGUUCUGAAUUUGCAGUGAGCGGCUCCAAGUCCGAAUACAAAGUAAUCGAAGGCUCAACGAGUGUCAAGUUCACAUCUUACAAAAACGAAGAAAUCACUAAUGACAUGGACGAAAUGAUGUUCAGUGAUGCUGGAUACAGCAGAGGUGACAUCUCUCCAGGAGACUUUGGGAGCGGUUACACCAGCAGCGGUUUCGGCAGUGAAGACGACUUUUUCAGUACAUUAUUUACCAGCAAUCCCAGCUCCAAAGAUUGGUCAACCGUAGAAGGAAGUGGCACUUCUCCCGACACCGAAUCAGUUACCGUUGAAACGAGCGAGACUGGAGCCAUUACGGAAUUCGAUGAAAGCGAAAGUACGGAAGUCUCAACGGAGUCUGGAGCUACGUUAGUAUCGGAGUCUGUUACCAGCGAGCCUGUCACUCGGGUAUCAAAGGAAGAAGAUUCUGAAACAACUGAAACGUCAUCGGACACGGGGAGUACCAUCGAAUCUGGUGCUACCGAGACACCACCGAUCAACUCAUCUGACACUACAACUGAAUUAAUUGAAUCGACCGUGUCACUAAGCAAUACGGAGGACUUCACCGAUAGUACGUCUUCCGAACUAACAACGUCAAAUCUUUCAACGGACAAAUCAACGGAUUUCACCGAAUCUUCUGAUCUCUUUUCGAGCAUCGAUACGACAACGUCAAUGGAUGUCACGGUCUCGUUGACGACAGGGUUUACGGAUUCUACCGUAUCUGGUGCAACGGAUGUAACGGAGACUACAGUGACAGAUUCUACGGAAUCAACGGAACCUACAGAAUCUACGGAUACGACCGUGACAGAAUCUACGGAAUCGACCGUGACCGAAUCGACAGAGCCUACGGAAUCGACUGAAUCCACGGCGACAGACACGACGGAGUCGACGGAGUCAACGGAAUCCAAAGAAACGACAGAGUCGACAGAAUCGACGGAAUCCAAAGGAACGACAGAGUCAACGGAGUCGACGGAAUCCAAAGAAACGACAGAGUCGACAGAAUCAACGAUCAUUGAAAAAACGUCAGAAACGAUCAGCGAGGAAACUAGUUCUGUUUCUAAAGUCACGUCUGAAUUACCAGAAUCUGCGACUGCAGGAUCGACCAUGUUAGGAGUGGUGAACGAAUAUGAUCCUUAUACUGAGGGAACAACGGAAAACGAAAAAAGUACGGAAAGUACAAUAACCGUGUUUGGUACGAGCGAAGCUUCAACACCGAUCGAAACUGGUAGCACCGUAAAAGUCGAAUUGACCGAGUCCGGUGCCACUAUCGAAACUGGUAUUACGACGGAGCUUGGAUCCUCGGAAUCUAGCACAUUCGGGGAAACGAAAGAAUCUUCUUUCACUACUGAAACCGAACAGACUAUUGUUGAAACAACGGAAUCAGGUGCUACAACUGAAUCAGAAGUUAGCGGGGCAACCGAUAAUACGGAAUCAAAAAUUAGUGGGGCAACUGAAACAACGGAAUCGGGAAUGUCGAUCGUUUCAGAAGUAACGACGGAAUCGGGAAUGUCGAUCGUUUCAGAAGUAACGACGGAAUCGGGAAUGUCGAUCGUUUCAGAAGUAACGACGGAAUCGGGAAUGUCGAUCGUUUCAGAAGUAACGACGGAAUCGGGAAUGUCGAUCGUUUCAGAAGUAACGACGGAAUCGGGAAUGUCGAUCGUUUCAGAAGUAACAACGGAAUCGGGAAUGACCGGUAUAUCCGGUUUAACAACCGAAUCCGAAGGAACCAGCGAAGUUGCAGCGACCGAGGAGACUGCCGUCUCUGGUCUAACGACAUCGUCUGAAAUAGAGGAAACAGAGUUCGAUACUGAAAAAACCCAUGUUUCCGAGUUUUGGACAACGGUCAGUUCCGUGGAAACAACGCAUAAAUUAAAAAAAUGCAAAAUCUACAAAAAGAAAUCUUGUAAAGUAUCUAAAUUUGGAUGUUGCUACGAUGAAAUCACUCCGGCUAAAGGUCCAUUCCACAGUGGUUGUCCAACACCUAAAACUUGCAACGAAACGAAGUACGGUUGUUGUCCCGAUUUCGUUUCUCCAGCUACUGGACCCGAUAACGAAGGUUGCCCUGAUACUCAUUGCAAUGAAUCACUCUUUGGAUGUUGUCCCGAUGGUAUAAACGCAGCCGAGGGUAACGACUACGAAGGGUGCAAGAAAGCAUGCAACGAGACGGAAUUCGGAUGUUGUCCUGACAAUGAAACACCCGCAGCCGGUAAAGAUAAUUUGGGUUGUUGCAACGUAACGGCUUACGGUUGUUGCGAGGAUGGCAUAAAAGCGGCCAUCGGGCCGGAUCAAGAAGGAUGCAAGGAGGAAAAGGUGGAGGAGGUCACUUUAGAAACGACUACGGCCACGAAAGAAUACGAGACCACGACCGUAGCUAUCGAGGAAGAUUGUGCCAAUAUGACUUAUGGUUGCUGUCCCGAUGGCAUCAGGCCUGCUUCGGGAACAAAUUUCGAGGGUUGUGGCGUUAUCAAUACGGAAAAUUGCAGUGCCUCUUAUUUCGAUUGUUGUCCCGACAAAGUAGCGCCAGCGCUCGGUCCAAACAAUUAUGGCUGUCGAAUGCCAUGCGAGAAUACGACGUAUGGUUGCUGUCAGGAUGGCGCGACUCCGGCUCACGGACUGAACGGGGAAGGUUGUUGCCUUACGACGCCUUACGGUUGUUGUCCUGACAACGUAUUACCAGCACGCGGACCCGAUCUAUACGGAUGUGGUUGCCAGUACUCAACAUUUGGAUGUUGCCCCGAUAAUUCAACGGCUGCACGUGGAUCCAACAACGAAGGUUGCGGCUGCAAGUACACGACACACGGAUGUUGCCCGAAUCGAUUCACACCAGCAACCGGACCUAAUUACGAAGGCUGUCCCUGUUACACGUAUCAGUUUGGAUGUUGCCCGAAUGGUAUUACUAUCGCUAAAGGACCACACGGCCAAGGUUGCGGAUGCGAGAAUACAGAGUUUAAAUGUUGCUCCGACGGCAGAACUCCGGCAAAAGGACACAACUUCGCUGGCUGUAGUUGCGAUGCUUCUAAGUACGGCUGUUGUCCGGACGGCAUCGAAGAGGCUCAAGGAGAGAGCUUCGAGGGUUGUCUAACUAUACCUUCUACGCCCGGUGCCGCUUGCUCUAUGGAAAGAGACAGGGGCCCUUGCCGAGAGUUUACGGUGAAAUGGUUCUUCGACACGGAAUACGGUGGUUGUUCGAGAUUUUGGUACGGGGGUUGCGAGGGUAACGACAAUCGUUUCAAGACUCAAGAGGAAUGUAAAACGGUCUGCGUGGAACCCAAAGGACGAGACGCUUGCUUCCUACCGAAAAUCAGCGGUCCAUGCGAAAGUUAUUAUCCAACCUGGUAUUACGAUCCUGGAAGAAAACAGUGCGGUCAAUUCGUUUAUGGUGGUUGCCUUGGCAAUGCGAAUAAGUUCAAAACAAAAGAGGAAUGCGAAGAGCUCUGCGUCGUUCCCGAUGACAUUGAUCCCUGUGAUCAGGCAAAGGAAUCCGGUCCCUGCGGAGGCAAUUUCACUAGAUGGUAUUAUAACAAGACUCUGCAAACUUGCGAACGAUUCAAUUACGGCGGUUGCAAGGCAAACGACAACAACUUCCCAACGGAGCUCGCGUGUCAUCAGCAAUGCUUACAGCCUGGCCGAAGUCGCGCGCCCCUAGCGGAUGUGUGCGCCCUCGAGAAAGAUCCUGGGCCAUGUCCGGGCUCUGUAUUGCGUUGGUAUUACGAUUCAAGCCGUCGUACUUGUAGUCGAUUUGUUUACGGCGGUUGUAAAGGCAAUGGCAAUAAAUUCCGUACGCGGGCUGCCUGCGAGCAGCGUUGUCCGUCACAAGAUUCUUGCUCUCUGCCACGGGCUGAGGGUAAUUGCACGGAGAAGCAGUCUAGAUGGUAUUUCGAUCAGUCAGAGAAUCGAUGCAUGCCGUUUUAUUACACGGGCUGUGGUGGAAAUAAAAAUAACUUCCCUACUAUAGACGCAUGUACGGCCGAUUGUCCAUCUAAAAUCGAACAGGAUGUCUGUCUCCUUCCUGCUCUUUUGGGAGAGUGCCAUAAUUACACUCAAAGAUGGUACUUCGAUUCGUACGAGCAACAAUGUAGACAAUUCUAUUACGGUGGAUGCGGUGGAAAUCAAAACAAUUUCGUCUCGCAAGACGAUUGUAAAAAUAGGUGCGAAAUCACGGUUACGGCGGAACCACCUAAACAGGUCGGAUUUAAAACAGAAUAUUGUUUCUUGCCCAACUAUCAUGGUCCAUGUAACGAGGAUAAAAUGAAAUGGUUCUACGACAGCAAAGACGGUAUUUGCAAAACGUUCGCUUACGGCGGUUGUCAAAGCAACGGAAACAACUUUGACACUCACGAGGAGUGCGAGUAUCGAUGCGGCCAAGUUCAAGAUCCGUGCGCUCUACCAAAAGUCGUUGGUACGUGCGACGGCAUUGUCAAGCAAUAUUAUUACGAUCGUCGAGACGACUUUUGUCACGAGUUCGAAUACAGCGGCUGUCAGGGCAACAAGAAUCGUUUUCAGGACAGAGAAUCUUGCGAGAGAAAAUGCAAAAUACAGCCGGCUGCGAUUACAGAAAAAAUUCAACCUACUACCAUGGCAACUACCUCCCAAACUGAGAUCGCGCCAAGUAGCUCAAUUUGUCAAGCACCUGUGGACGCUGGACCAUGUAACAAUGACAUUACCGCUUAUUAUUACGAUUCUCGAACGAGCAUGUGUCAAGCGUUCAUAUACGGUGGCUGCGAAGGGAACGCCAAUAGAUUCCAAACGGAAGAACAAUGCGAACGUCUCUGCGGCAAAUUCCGCGGACAAGAUUUAUGCAAUCUAUCGGUGGAUCCGGGUCCAUGCAGAGCCCGCUUCUCCAAAUACUUUUACGAUCAAAACAUCCGUGCUUGUCGGCAAUUCAUUUAUGGCGGUUGCGAUGGUAACGCAAACAGAUUCAGUACGAUCUCGGAAUGUGAGUCACUUUGCGUUCAUCUCGAGGAACCUGCUCCCGUUGGAAACGACACCAUUCUAUCUCAUUUAGCCAUCUGUAAAGAACCAGUUGACAGUGGAUCAUGCAAUACUGGUUUCUCAAAACGAUUCUACUUCGACGAAGAAUAUCAAACCUGCAGAGCAUUUAUUUACACCGGGUGCGGUGGAAAUCGCAACAGAUUCAAAACCUUCGAAUCAUGCAUUAACACUUGUCUUAGGACUGACAACGAAAUCGACACAAGUUCGGAAAAAGACACGAAAGAUCCGUGCAUCGAGGCACGGGAGGAAUGCAAUCUAAUUCGUUGUCCUUACGGCAAGGAAGCGUACGUCGACGAUCAAGACUGCGAACGAUGCCGUUGCGUUGAUCCGUGCAGAACGCAAAUAUGCCCUGAGGGAACAAAGUGCUCGAUUACCUUGGUCCGUACUAAAGACGGAACCGAAUACAAUGGCGUUUGCAGAUCAACUAUCAAAUCUGGACGUUGUCCAACCGUAUCGAACAGCACUAGGUGCGAACGCGAGUGCGAAACCGAUGCCGACUGUACAGGAGAAUGGAAGUGUUGCGACAAUGGUUGUGGCACGUCUUGUUUGGAGCCAGCAUUAGAGCAAGCAAUAACAACGCCGUCGCUUUUCGUAACGCCACCUGUUACACCUCAGUACGGUGGCGAACCCGUAAGAAUAGAACAACCUGAACAAUCGCAUGUUACCGGCGAAGAGGGUAGUUACAUUACCUUGAAAUGCGUAGCUACGGGUUAUCCGGUUCCCAUCAUAACUUGGAGGAAAGACACGACCCUGAUCGGUACUACGGAGAAAAGGCGUCGUAUACUGGCUGACGGAUCUCUUCAGAUCAUAAACUUAUACACGAUCGAUAGAGGAAUUUACAUUUGUACCGCCGAUAACAGCGUAGGUCCGCCAGUUAGGAUAGAGUAUCAAGUGGAGGUCACGGAACCCAACGAACGUUCCGCGGCCAUCGUUGGAGAAAAGAACGCAACCGUGACGGUGACAAUGAAUUCACCGUCCCUCCUUCGUUGUUACGCUAUGGGUUGGCCGAGACCAUCCGUCACCUGGUGGCGUGGCGAUAACUUGCUUCCACUGAGUUCGGAGAAUUAUGAGCAAGACACUGAUUACACCCUAUUAAUACGCUCGGUGACCCUGACUAAUCUUGGUGUUUAUACUUGUCAGGCCUACAACGGCAUCGACAGACCAGCUUCUUGGUCUGUCACUUUGCAAACGAUAGGUCCAAUCUACAAUAUCAAACCGGAGUAUAAGAGCUACAUGAAAUACAUAGUCCUACCUCCAAAGAGACCGGUCACUGAAAAACCUCAGUAUCCUUACAGACCCAUUAGAACGCAUUCACCUGAUUAUAUCACAUUUGCACCCGUUCAGCCUACAAGACCUCACAUUCUUCGCGUUACGCCUAUCGAAACUACGACUCUAACGACUCCCGUUAUUUCUAAAUUCAAAGUACCGGUGAACGUAACCGUAUCGGUAGGUCAAGCUCAAUUUCCUGAAGGUAGCGACAUCAGCAUUGGUUGUGCCAUUGACGGCUAUCCAAUACCACGAGUACUUUGGUACAAAGACGAUAAUCUCAUUCAAACGAACAAUCGAGUGAAAAUAUCCGAAGCAAACAGGCUUAUAAUCGCCGAUGCGAACAAAGACGACUCGGGCCGUUAUCGAUGCGAGGCAACGAACGAAUACACAUCUGAUUCUGACAGCGUAGAUAUACUCGUAGCUGGCAUAUUUAUUCAUCCCAAUUGUCAAGACAAUAGCUUCUUCGCGAAGUGCGAUCUGAUCGUGAUGGCGCGUUAUUGCAGGCACAAGUAUUACGCCAAAUUCUGUUGUCGGUCUUGCACGGAGGAUGGCCAAUUGCCAUCAAGAGGACCGCACCUCGAUAACUUGAGAAGAAAAAGAAUGAUAUUCUAAGAUGAUACUCGAGAUUAAUAUCAUAUUCAUUCGAGACGAUGGACGACGAUCGUAAUCUUUCUUGAUAUGAACAUUCACUGGCGAAAGUAAGAAAUGAGAAAGGUAUGAUUAUAACACGAGCACCUUCGCGUAUCGCGUACGCUAUGCAAAUCGGCAUUAAUUCACUGCCAAAGCCUUAGAACGUCUAUACAUAGAUAUAUAAUAUAUACAUAUAUACAUACAUACAUACAUACAUAUAUAUAUAUAUAUAUAUAUAUAUGUAUACAAAAAAAACACACACACAGAUAUAUACAUAUAUUUACUGGAAAAAUGAUUGGAAGAACUUAAAUGGUGCGAAGAUGCGUGUGUACUCAAGAAAAAUCAUUCGUCGAUCUUCUCGUCCAAUCUUCCCCCUUCAUUACUUUCAACUCUCUCUUCCGUUUCUUUCCCCUUCCCCCUACUUCUCUCUCUCUCUCUCUCUCUCUCUCUCUCUCUCUCUCCUUCUAUCCAUCCAACCGUCUGUCCAUCCUUUUCUUCCUUUCAACUUUCUCAUCCAUGUAUAUACGGUCUGACGCUGAAUACUAGUCCGACAGAGUUCGACGUAAGCGGAUUUGAUACUUCGAGUUUUGAAAAAAGGCAUUCGGUGAAACCUUUGCGAUUAACUAUAUAGUCUAUAGUAGCUGUAUGUAUGUACGUCAUAGCGUAAUAUCUCCUUGCAAGAUUGUUUGCAAAUAUUCUUAGAUUUUUAUUUUAGGAUAUUACCGCGGCAACAUAUCCACGCGAACAGCCGUUGUAACGUUACAAAAUCAUUGAUAAUGAAUUUUUCAUAGUUUUCCUUAUUUUAUUUUGAUUUUGAUAUAAACGACGAAUACACUUGAACGUUAAAGUUUCGCUAGACGUACGUCGUGACAGAGAAAAUCAAGAAGGGAAGGAACAAUUUAUCUGUGAAAAUAUAAAAAUGAUAACAGUGGGAUGACUUCGCUGUGUCAACAAAAUCUUGUAGGUAUCUAGUUGUAUGAUGCAUAUUACGAGCGUUAUGUUGUACAAUAUAAAUAGUUGAUUAUACAAUAUAUCGUUUAUAAUCUAUUAUAUUGUUAUUACUUAUUUGUAACGAAGACACAAAUGUUGCCAUAACGUGGACCGGUCGAAUAAGUAAAACAAGGAUGCGACAUUUUUCGCAUGACUUUGGAAGAGAUUUUUUUUCACAUUGUAAACGAAUAGAACCAGAGAAGAAUAGAAUUACAAUAUGUUGCAUCUUUGAACCUACCUAAGUCGCACGCGUUUGCGUAUUAUCUCUUAAGAAAUCUAAAAUAAAUUAAUCAAUCAGUCAAUCGAUCAGUCACAAAUGUCUCUCGCAGAGAGACGAAUAACGGUAUUGCAUUUAUAUUCGUUCCUUCUUGGCUAUUUAUUGUAUUAGAAAUCGCGUAAUAACGAUGUCAUUCUCAUUCCCGAGAGCAUUAAAACGCGUUAGAGUAUCGACGAGCGACCACCGAAACAUACCAAGAACAUUUAUAUACGCUGUUAAACCAUAAGUUAAUUAAAACAAGUAAUUUUAACAUACUCGGAAUUGACGUUUCGCACGUACGAUUUUAGAAGAUCGAACGAUCAUUAAUCGAUUUUCGUCGUCAUUUGGUUACGGUCAAAGAAGAGUGCCUUAUUAGAUGUCUUUAGAGGAAGAAGAAAAAAACAAAAAAAAAACAAAAAAAAAAAGAAAAAGAAAAAAAUAACAAAAGAGAUGAAAGAAAAAGAAAUGAACAAAUAAAAAAAAAAAUGAAACAAUAAGAAAAAGAAAGAAUAUCCAGGAAAGAGAGUAUUAGGGUAUAUAAUUUAUAUGCGUGUAUCGUUAUGUAAAUAUAUAUUAUGUGGUAUGUUGCAGCGACAAAACGUAGUGGAUACGAUAUAUUGCGUUACGAUAUAUUAAACGAUGAAUUAAAAACGAUAAUUCGUUUAUCAUCGAAUACUCUUCUCUCCAUAUCAUUCUAGAUACGACCAAAACGAGUGCGCGCAUUUUUAUUAAUCCAAAAAUUGUUAGCGAACGUUGUUAGAAGAUUUUCUUAUAUCCAAUAGAGUUGAAAGAGUCGAACUAAAAGAGGUUGUAUAAUCGGUAAAAUAAUAACUGCAAAGAGAUCAAACUUUGUCGAUAAGAAAAAUAAUACAAAGGAUAAAACGUAAAUGGAUAAAAUAAGUAUGUGAAAGGAUAAUGGUAAGACGUUAACGCGUACAGUUAUUAGUUCGUCUUUUAACGUAAGUAAUUUAUGAUAUUAUCGUGUUAUUUACGUAUCGUCGAGCGUGUAAAAUUCAUAUCAUACUCACUCUUUUAAUAGCAUUGUUACGCAUAAAUGUACAUAACUCUUACUCUCGGAUUAUAAAUCUUUUAUAUAGAUCUUUGACGGACUUAAUCCUCUUGUGUUUAUUAUUAAAUCCGAAGGGAAUGAUCGUGAUG